UGCUGAGUGGACCGCUGAGCCCAAUCUCCAACGGAGAAUAGGAGUAUCGCCCCGGCGGACUGUUGCGGCAGCCUUCUGGCUCUGAUAAUUUUCAUUUUCUGGAUUUAUACAUCACAGAUAAAUUCCGGGAUGCCUUCAAAUCAAAAUGUCCAAGGAGGGAAAGCCUUUGGACUGUUAAAGGAGCAGCAAAGGCAAAAACUGGAAGAAAUAAACAAGGAAUACCUGGAAGACCAGAAAUACAGGGAUGAAGAAGACCUGGCUGAAAAAUUGGAAAGUCUGAAAAAUAAAUAUUCUGAGUUUGACCUGAAUGACCAAGGAGAGAUUGACAUGAUGGGUCUGAAGCGCAUGAUGGAGAAGCUGGGUGUGCCCAAGACCCACUUGGAGUUGAAAAAAAUGAUUGUGGAGGUGACGGGCGGCAGCAGCAGCAACACAAUCAACUACAGGGACUUUGUCAAGAUGAUGCUGGGCAAGCGUUCAGCUGUGCUCAAACUAGUCUUGCUCUUUGAAGACAAAGCCAACGGCUCUCCCUGCAAGCCAGACGGACCCCCUCCAAAGCGGGAUAUUGCUAGUCUGCCUUAAGUGUAGAUGUCAGCCUCUGGACUGCUACUGGAGCAGAGGGACCAUCACUGGUCGCCUGGAAUUGAACCCUUUUCAUAACAUGUGGAGUGUUGUAUUAGUGUGGGACCAGUGAUUGAGGAUGUUAUUUUGUGAAUAUACGGUGUGUGCAAGGUGUCAUUUGUUAUUUGGAAGACUGAGACCACAACUCACUAAAUGAUGUUUGACUGUGAAUAUUAUUAUUAUUCAUCCUUUUUCCUUAAUUAAGAUGUAGCAUUGAUAGUUGUAAUCUGCUCGAUGAAUUAAAUUUUGUAGUAAGUGUUUCAUGGUUAUAUUUUAAGGGAAGACUCGAAAUAUUCCAGAGGUUGAUUUUUUUUUUUUUUUUUUUUUUUUCUUUUGUCCUGCUCCUUUUUUCUUUGUUUAAUUUUUGGGACACAUUCGUUUUUUAACAAUGUGACAGUAGGAUGCUUUUGGAGAAGCACAAGGAAAAGAAGCAGUUCUUCCACCACAUUUUUGCACUGUCCUCAGUGGUCUUGCAUGGAUUCCUGCCAGGCUAAUCUUGGUCUGCGUUUCUCUUUAGAUCAGGUGCCAGAGAUUACAAGCCCAGCCCAUUUCCUCUGGGUCAAAGUCAUCGGCCCUUGGAGCCGAAAUACUGAUCUGGAAUCAGUAACUAGGUUAACAUGGCAACCGCAUGAUCUAAAAAAAAAGAAAAGAAAAACAAAACAAAAAAACAUUUUUGUAGAUGCGUGUUAAAUAUUUACUCACACUAGUUGAGAGAAGAAUAAGAGAUCAUGUUGACCAUGAGACUUUCAGUUUCAGUACGUGGCUUGAGGAGCAGCAAAACCUGACUCGCUUUUAGAUCUGUAAGGUUAAGCACAUGUUAGAUUUGGAAGGAGUGUGAUUUACAAGCACACAAGCAGAACAAAUGUACAUAAUAUACUACACACAGUACAAUCAUAUUCUUUCCAAGUGCCUCAACAUGCAGAUACUGUAGAGCUUCAACACACAGAUUGAAAAAAGAGGGAGUGCAUACAGGUGUUCAGUUCAAGCAGUCUUCUUAGCUUACUAAUUCCAGAUAACCAUGAAAUAAUGUUCUUUGGUAUUUGGUAAGACCAUUUUAAUGAUGUUUGUUGAAUUAUAUUGAUAUGGUGUUUAUUACUGGUUUCCACAACAUUUGGAGUGAGUGAAGUACACGUGUGAUGGAUUUUUGUGUAGUUUCUAUGUUGUUUUCCCUUUUCUUAUCAUUUUUUUUAAUGUCACUGCAUCGUUUAACCUGUCUAUUGGGUGAUUGAACUCUUUGGGUUAUCCUAUAUUUGUCUUGCAAUUCAUAUAUGUGUUAUUAAUUUCUCCCCCGUCUUUUUUUUUCCAUCAGCCAGCCACCUCUCUCACGGCUAAACUGGGUUCAUUGUCCUGUGAAUUCUGUAAUUUGUGCCUCAGUGUUUGUCUCUCCAGUUUAAAUUUUUUUCCUAUAACUCACACUAUUUACUGUGAAUUUGCUACUUGUAGUAGUUUAACACACACACAACAUGUUUUAAACUAUUUUGCUUUCACUCUAAUAAUUUUAGUGUUGUUAAAAUGCACAUUGUUUGCAGACACCAAAGGAAUUAAAAUUCUUACACUGGCCUGUA